CGGCUCGGUGGCCCGCGAGCUGCACCCGGAUCUGUGCGGCGGCGGCGGCGGCGGCGGCGGCGGCGGCGGCGACGUGAGCGCGCAGGGGGGCGGCGGCCUCGCCUCGUCUGUGUCUCGGCGCCGGGCUCGGGUGGGUGACGCGCAGUGCCGGGGCAAUGUCGGAUUUUGACAGCAACCCGUUUGCGGAUCCGGAUCUCAACAACCCGUUCAAGGACCCAUCUGUCACACAGGUGACAAGAAAUGUGCCACCGGGACUUGAUGAAUAUAAUCCUUUCUCCGACUCUAGAACGCCUCCGCCAGGCAGUGUGAAAAUGCCUAACGUACCCAAUACCCAGCCAGCAAUAAUGAAGCCAACAGAGGAGCAUCCAGCUUACACACAGAUCACAAAGGAACAUGCCUUGGCACAAGCUGAACUUCUCAAGCGCCAAGAAGAGCUGGAGAGAAAAGCGGCCGAGUUAGAUCGUCGCGAGCGAGAGAUGCAGAGCCUGAGCCAGCAUGGGAGAAAAAAUAAUUGGCCACCUCUUCCUAGCAAUUUUCCUGUGGGACCUUGUUUCUAUCAAGACUUUUCUGUAGACAUUCCUGUAGAAUUCCAAAAGACAGUAAAGCUCAUGUACUACUUGUGGAUGUUCCACGCGGUAACCCUGUUCCUGAACAUCUUCGGGUGCUUGGCGUGGUUUUGUGUUGACUCUUCAAGAGCGGUCGAUUUCGGCCUGAGCAUCCUGUGGUUCCUGCUUUUCACUCCGUGCUCCUUUGUCUGUUGGUACAGACCGCUGUACGGAGCGUUCAGGAGCGACAGUUCCUUCAGGUUCUUCGUGUUCUUCUUUGUCUAUAUUUGUCAGUUUGCUGUACAUGUUCUCCAGGCUGCAGGAUUUCAUAACUGGGGAAACUGUGGUUGGAUCUCAUCCCUCACUGGUCUUAACAAGAACAUUCCCGUCGGGAUCAUGAUGAUAAUCAUCGCAGCACUCUUCACAGCGUCUGCUGUCAUCUCGCUCGUCAUGUUUAAAAAAGUACACGGACUGUAUCGCACAACUGGUGCUAGCUUUGAGAAGGCCCAGCAAGAGUUUGCAACGGGAGUGAUGUCCAAUAAAACUGUUCAGACAGCAGCUGCAAAUGCCGCCUCAACUGCAGCGACCAGCGCAGCACAGAAUGCCUUCAAGGGUAACCAGAUGUAGCGAGCCUCCAGGCAGUUCUGUUUCCUUAUGACUGUAUCUUUUUCUCCAGUUACUGUAUUCUACAGAUAUUUUUAUGUUGGAAACACACAGUACACAAAGCAUGGGCAUUUCCUAUCCACAUGUGCAUGGUCUAAAAACCAGAGAAACUUCCCUGUCUUAUUACUUUGCCUAAUAGUUUCUUAAUAUUUCCAUGCCCCUCACAGAAGAAAACUAUCAUUCGCUAAAUAAAUAUUCUCCAUAUUUUUGGGGGAUGGUGUUCCUCAGAUUACUUCAGUGUUGACACACUGAAAUGAAUAUGUGACUUAAGAUUUAAAAAGCACUCGAUACUAACCACAGAAGUUCUUCCGGAGUCAGGAGAGAUACAGUUUAUACAUUGGAAAUGAAACCAUGUUUCUUUUUCCCCCUUUGUUAGUGAAGAAGGAAGAAGGUUAGCAAGGCUUGGGUGUUUUUCAAUUGGCUUGCUUUCUAUGAGGUUCAGCCACCAGAAAAGAGCCCUGUGCUCUGUAGUAGAUAAUGUAUAUUUUACCGUCUUUUAGUUUAUUUUUAGACUAGUUGAUAUUUUGAUAACAAUCUCUGAUCUUGCAUGGGCACCACGUCUCUUAAGUGAAAUGAAUUAGUAUUUUGGGUUCUGUACUGCUUAUAGUUGUAGGAUCUGGGGCUCUUUAUAGAAUCAGAAAUGAUUUUCUGUAAUAGUUUCUUUUAAGUAAAAAUUUACUGGAGUAUAAAGAGUUUAAUAUAAUGUGCAGUGCAUUAUCCAAAGAGAGGGUAGUGAAUUGAUGCAAUAGAAUAUAGUGAUAAUUUCUUUUCCCUCUUAAUUUUCAGUAUUCAUAUAGUAAAAUUUUACUGUAUGGAAACUUUGGUAUAUUCUUCUGGCUGAUCAUUUUAAUUGAACUGGGAUUUGUGUUUGGCAGCUGUGUGUGUGUGUGUGUGUGUGUGUGUGUGUGAGAGAGAGAGAGAGAGAGAGAGAGAGAGAGAGAUUUUGGCACAGGUAUUAAAGGCUAGCCUAACCCUUGAAUAAAAUGAACAUACAGUAUUUAAGGGAUUUUUCUUUUAGCCUCUCACCUUUAGUUACAUUAAAAAUAAAAGACCCUCCCGCUUCUUAUGUACUUGAUUUCUUAAUGUACCUGUCUUGUACUUUUAAGACAGACUAAAUACAUGUAAAGCAUUCCACCAAGCAACAGAGUGAAAGUUCAGGUAAUAUAUUCAUUAUUAGUAUCAUCUGAUUGACAUUGGUAUGAUGCAGUGCAAACUGAUGUGGGCUCAGACUUUUAAUCAUUUUUAAUUAGAAGUCUCUAAUCAAUUUGAUUAGAAGUCUCAAGAACAUCUGUAAGUCAUACUGUUGUAGCUUUAGAUUACAGAAUGAUAGAUAGGCUUAUGUGCGUUGACUUUAAACAAAGAUGAGCUAUCAAAGACAGGGUAUCCCUUAAAAAUGAGCUUAACUGGUUGAGUCACUUUCCCCUUUCUCCAAGUCUGCAGUCAGAGCUGGGGUGCAGUUCUUAGAGGUCUGUGAGUACUGGAUUAUACAUCCACCUAUGCAGGGCCACGUUAGGUUUGCUUGGGAAUUUACUGAGUACAAUAGUUCAAUGUUUCUUUGAGUCAGGAAAAGGUAGAAUUCAGAGUAUGAAUUUGGAGUUGUGUUUUGAGUCCUUCUGAUCAGUAGGAUCCCUUCAUCCUCACCUGCUCACGUGGCUGCUGAGAGCCUGUGCUGCCCAGUGUGGACUUGAUGGACUCCGAGUCACUAAGACAUAGACGUGCACUUAAACACCGGUACUUAUGUUCCAAAUCCAUGUGCGUUCUUCUCUGACGUACAGUUAAGAGGCACAUCAGAGAUUCAAAAAAUGCUAAUAGAGUUUUUUUCAAAAUUGGGAAUGUUUCCUCUCCAUUAUGUGGAGGUCCCCAAAGGUAGUAUUAUUAAAUGGCAAAGAAUAGUUAUAACUCACAUUAUGUUUUUGUGUAUGAACAAGGAAAAUGCUGUUUUCAAUCCGAUUGUUUGGAUUCAUACAAGUUUGAAAGAGAUUAUGUUGUUUGAAAACACAAAAGAACAUUACAGCGAUGGUGGUAUCUGCGGCUGGGUCAGGUGGGAAAAGCUUGAACCCCUCAUCUGCUGUCCUCUCAACAACAGUCAGUCAACAAUGCGCUUUGAUUUGGAGAAAGAUGGCUGAUGUUUGUAUUUAAUACCAACAUCACUACAGCCAUGGGCAAGCCCCAUGAGAACGGGCAUCCGUGUCACUUUUUAGUUUGCAAUAGUAAACGGUGACUAUUGUAUUUAAAACUAGGGUCUGAUCACUGGAAAUGAUUGCUUGGUGAUUUGUGAUUUGGGGCUUGGUUCAGUGCUCUAGGAAUGUUUGUGUAUUUUGUAGGUGCGUGUACUACUGCGCUGCCCCAUGGUAUGUCACGGUUCUGUGUAAAUGCCCUCCACGUGGCCCUCUCAUGUUGCAUGUUUUCAGUGGUUUGGAAGUUUUGUAUAUUUAUUGUAUUAAUGCAGAGUGUCAUAAAAUAAAAUAAUGUUUACUGGA